AUGAUGGACAGAGAGCUGCUUUCCUCACUGAGAGCCUUUUUUCUGAUCAUCUUUGUAAUCGAGUCCAUUGUUUCCCUGUUAGGGAAUGGAUUCAUCCUAGCCGUGAACGGCCACAGCUGGCUCCGCAGCAAGAAGAUGAUCCCUUGUGAGUUCCUCUUGACCGCACUGGGCCUCUCCAGGUUCCUUAUGCAGUGGAUUUCCAUGAGCCAUCAAUUUGUGUAUUCCAGCUCUCCAUAUCUAUUUGAUAAAACAGAGCAGGCAUUUGGCUUUUCCUGGACUUAUAUCAACACAGCCAGCCUCUGGUGUGCGACAUGGCUCAGUGUCUUCUACUGUGUGAAGGUCACAAACUUUACUUCCCCUCUCUUUUUAUGGCUGAAGCUAAGAAUUGGGGUGCUGGUGCCCAGACUCCUUGGAAUAUCUCUCCUAGCUUUCAUAAUCUGCUCUGUUCAUCCAGUUAUUAGGCAUUUUGAAGUUGAUAAAUUACCAGAGAACACCAGCCACAGUGAGGUUUAUAGCACCAAUCGUUUAAUGUUUUUAAAUACUCUUCACAUUUUUUUUACUGCCAUCAAUUUUUGCAUCUGCUUAACAGCAUCCCUUGUUUUACUUCUCUCUCUGUGGAGGCACAUGAGGAAUCUGAAGAAGAGCGGCCUCAGCACCAAGGACUUCAGCACUCAGGCCCACCUCAGAGUCAUGAAGCCUUUGUUCCUCUCCCUCUUCUUCUACAUUUUGCAUUUUGUUGUCACAAUUAUUGUUCUAAUUAAUGUUUUCAACUAUGGCAAGCUUGAGCACCUGAUUUGUGAGAUACUCCUGACUUCGUAUCCUUCAGUACACUCAAACCUGAUAUUUACCAACCCCAAGCUGAGGAAAGUGUGUAGCCAUGUUCUAAACUUCAGAAAAAGUACCUCAUGA